GAAUCGAUCCUUUUCGUUUUAAUGCAGCUUGGGCAAUGAACGCUUCAAAAAAUGCAGAAGCUGAGUUUGCAUAUGGAUCAGGAUUUGUUAACCCUACUGUGGCAGUUGAUCCAGGACUUGUUUACGAAAUAGCCAAAGAGGAUUACUUGAACAUGCUUUGCUCUUUGGACUACUCAUCUAAUGGCAUUAGUACUAUUGCGGGUGGAACCUUUAGUUGUUCUGAACAAUCAAAGCUUACUAUGAGAAAUCUCAACUACCCUUCAAUGGCAGCCAAAGUUUCAGCUUCACAAUCUUCAGAUAUCACUUUUUCAAGAACAGUCACCAAUGUUGGGAAAAAGGGAUCCACUUACAAGGCAAUAUUGUCUGGCGAUCCUAAACUCAGUAUCAAGGUCGAACCGAAUACGCUCUCUUUCAAGUCACCAGGGGAGAAGAAGUCUUACACCGUUACAGUCUCUGGCAAGAGUCUUGCGGGUAUUUCUAGUAUUGUGUCGGCGUCUCUGAUUUGGUCAGAUGGAUCACACAACGUGAGAAGUCCUAUUGUUGUGUAUACUUAGCUAUCAACCCCAAACUCGAGAUAAUAAAAGUAUUUGAUGUUA